AUGUGGAAGCUCAAGGUUGCGGAAGGAGGUAGUCCAUGGCUUCGGACACUGAACAAUCACGUCGGAAGACAGGUAUGGGAGUUCGAUCCUCAUUCCGGAUCGCCGCAAGAUCUCCACGAUGUUGAAACCGCUCGCCGCAAUUUCCACGAUAAUCGCUUCACUCACAAACACAGUGAUGAUCUACUUAUGCGCCUUCAGUUUGCAAAAGAGAACCCUAUGAACGAAGUUUUGCCUAAAGUCAAGGUCAAAGAUAUCGAGGAUGUGACGGAAGAGGCUGUUACAACAACGUUAAGAAGGGCAUUGAAUUUCUAUUCAACUAUCCAGAGUCAUGAUGGACACUGGCCAGGAGAUUAUGGAGGUCCCAUGUUUCUUAUGCCUGGAUUGGUUAUUACUCUGUCUGUCACUGGGGCUUUGAAUGCAGUCUUAUCAGACGAGCAUAGAAAGGAAAUGCGUCGUUACCUUUAUAAUCAUCAGAACAAGGAUGGUGGGUGGGGUUUGCAUAUUGAAGGUCCAAGCACAAUGUUUGGCUCUGUCUUGUGUUAUGUUACUCUAAGAUUGCUAGGGGAGGGACCUAAUGAUGGAGAAGGGGAUAUGGAAAAGGGACGUGACUGGAUUCUUGAGCAUGGUGGUGCUACUCAUAUAACAUCCUGGGGGAAAAUGUGGCUAUCAGUACUUGGAGUGUUUGAGUGGUCUGGAAAUAAUCCCCUACCUCCUGAAAUAUGGCUCCUCCCUUACGCGCUUCCAGUUCAUCCAGGAAGGAUGUGGUGUCACUGCCGGAUGGUCUAUUUGCCAAUGUCUUACUUGUAUGGCAAGAGGUUUGUUGGUCCAAUCACACCAACAGUAUUAUCUUUGAGAAAAGAGCUUUUUACCGUUCCAUACCAUGAUAUAGACUGGAAUCAGGCUCGCAAUUUGUGUGCAAAGGAAGACUUAUAUUAUCCUCAUCCGCUCGUGCAAGAUAUUCUUUGGGCAACUCUACACAAGUUUGUUGAGCCUAUUUUCAUGAAUUGGCCUGGCAAAAAGUUGAGAGAAAAGGCUAUCAAGACUGUAAUUGAGCAUAUACAUUAUGAAGAUGAGAACACUCGUUAUAUUUGCAUAGGUCCUGUAAAUAAGGUGUUAAAUAUGCUUUGCUGCUGGGUGGAAGAUCCAAAUUCAGAGGCUUUCAAGUUGCAUCUUCCCAGGAUCAAUGAUUAUCUGUGGGUUGCUGAAGAUGGCAUGAGAAUGCAGGGCUACAAUGGAAGUCAACUAUGGGAUACUGCAUUUGCUGCACAAGCAAUUAUUUCAACUAGCCUAAUUGACGAAUUUGGUCCAACUCUCAAAAAGGCUCAUGCAUUCAUUAAGAAUUCACAGGUUUUAGAAGAUUGUCCGGGGGAUCUUGAUAAAUGGUACCGUCACAUUUCAAAAGGUGCUUGGCCUUUUUCAACUGCAGACCAUGGAUGGCCAAUAUCUGACUGCACAGCAGAAGGACUGAAAGCUGUCCUAUUGCUAUCUAAAAUUGCACCUGAGGUUGUUGGUGAACCAUUGGAUGCAAAGAGAUUAUAUGAUGCUGUAAAUGUCAUUCUCUCAUUACAGAAUGAAAAUGGCGGCCUUGCAACAUAUGAGCUCACACGAUCUUAUACCUGGUUGGAGCUAAUCAAUCCUGCUGAAACUUUUGGUGACAUCGUUAUUGAUUAUCCUUAUGUGGAAUGUACCUCGGCCGCAAUUCAAGCUUUAGCAACAUUUGGGAAACUAUAUCCCGGGCAUCGUCGAGAAGAAAUACAACGCUGUAUAGAAAAAGCUGUUGCCUAUAUUGAAAAAAUUCAAGCUUCAGAUGGUUCAUGGUAUGGUUCUUGGGGAGUUUGCUUUACUUAUGGUACUUGGUUUGGGAUUAAAGGGCUGAUUGCUGCUGGAAAGAAUUUCAGUAAUUGCUUAAGCGUCCGUAAAGCUUGUGAAUUUCUGCUGUCUAAGCAGCUCCCGUCUGGUGGUUGGGCAGAGAGUUAUCUGUCAUGUCAAAACAAGGUGUAUUCAAAUUUGGAAAGCAACAGGUCCCAUGUAGUAAACACUGGGUGGGCUAUGCUGGCUCUCAUUGAGGCUGAACAGGCCAAGAGAGAUCCAACACCACUGCACCGUGCAGCUGUAUGCUUGAUAAAUUCCCAAUUGGAGAAUGGUGACUUUCCGCAAGAGGAAAUAAUGGGAGUCUUCAAUAAGAAUUGCAUGAUCACUUACGCUGCAUACAGAUGCAUAUUCCCCAUAUGGGCGUUGGGAGAAUACCGCCGUGUAUUGCAGGCUUGCUAG